AAACACGCAGACAUCCAGAAGCUUAGUGCAGUGUUUUAGCAUUAGGUGGCUUUCCUGUCACACCUGUGUGGGAAGUUUUACUCCCAGGUAAAUCUGCAGGCAAUACAUCAAGCGUGGACAAGAUUUUCCUGGGCAGUUAUUAUACCCUGCUGGGGAGUAAGAGGGUUCCGGGUCAUCUGGAGGUCGCUGUCUGGAGGGGGCUCCUGACGUGCAUGCGCUGGUAGUGCUGUGGGACCUUGCUGCUGGCUAAGAACCACCAGAAGGAAGCAGAUCGUCCUACAACUUGCUGUCGUGAUGCUGGCUGCCCGUCUCUCCAGACCCCUGUCCCAGCUCCCAGGAAAAACCCUAAGUGUCUGUGACAGAGAAAAUGGCACAAGACACACACUGUUGUUUUAUCCAGUCACCCCUGUCACCCGCCGGACUUACGCCAGUCAGGCAGAUGUGGGCACCGGCAAAGCUGUCCUGGUUACAGGUUGUGACUCUGGAUUCGGGUUCUCUUUGGCCAAACAUCUGCACUCAAAAGGCUUCCUUGUAUUUGCUGGCUGCUUGAUGAAGGACAAAGGUGAUGCUGGGGUCAAGGAGCUGGACAGCUUGAAGAGUGACCGACUGAGGACCGUCCAGCUCAAUGUCUGCAACGUUGAAGAGAUAGAGAAAGCAGUGGAGACCGUCCGCUCCGGCCUGAAGGACCCCGAGAAGGGAAUGUGGGGCCUGGUUAACAACGCAGGCAUCUCCACCUUUGGGGAGGUGGAGUUCACCAGCAUGGAGACCUAUAAGGAGGUGGCCGAAGUGAACCUUUGGGGAACAGUGCGCACCACAAAAGCCUUCCUCCCCCUUCUCCGAAGGGCCAAAGGCCGUGUGGUUAACAUCAGCAGCAUGAUGGGCCGCAUGGCCAACCCAGCCCGCUCGCCUUACUGCAUCACCAAGUUUGGGGUAGAGGCUUUCUCCGACUGCCUGCGCUAUGAGAUGCACCCUCUGGGUGUGAAGGUCAGUGUGGUGGAGCCUGGCAACUUCAUCGCUGCCACCAGUCUCUACAGUCCCGAGCGGUUCCAGGCCAUUGCCCAGAAGAUGUGGGACGAGCUGCCUGAGAUUGUCCGCAAAGACUACGGCAGGAAGUACUUUGACGAGAAGAUUGCCAAGAUGAAGACCUACUGCGACAGCGGCUCCACGGACACAUCCCCUGUCAUCGAUGCUGUCACACAUGCCCUGACCGCCGCCACCCCUUAUACCCGCUACCAUCCCAUGGACUACUACUGGUGGCUGCGAAUGCAGAUCAUGACCCAUUUUCCAGGCGCCAUCUCUGACAUGAUCUAUAUACACUGAAGAGCCAAGGGGCCCCUGUGGCCUCGGCCGGGGCACCUGGUGGGAGGGAGAGGGAUGAGGGUAGGGAGUUCAUACAGUUACCUUUUCAUUAAACACUGUGGAUUAUCCACUGUCUUAGGAAGACCUAUUUUAGCAUUAACCUUACUUGUUUAACUUAGUGAAUGGUUUGGGCCUUCACAAACGUGGGGGCACAGGUGGGGGUGGCCCCUAACUUCAGGGCC